AUGCUGGCAUUGGAACUCUCCCGGCCCGGUGCGAACGGAGUACAUCCGGAAGUCGCCACCAAGAUCCGGACUGAGUUGUACGAAGAGCGUGAGACACCUGGUGCUGGUAUAGCAGCCUUUGCAAAAGCCUUCAUUCCUUCUGGAACUCGUAUAUUCUGCGAGGAAGCAUUGAUAGUGGUUCGGGAUGAAGCCAGGCAACCGGAGGUUUACAAAGCAGUCAGCUCGUUGCCAAAGGACAAGCAAGCGGCAUACUGGGAGCUGGCUGCUUCGUCGAAACCAACCAAAGACGUGGACUGGAUUAACCAAUUAAGGUCAAGUUACGAUGGAGAGCCCGAUUCGUUCAACGCAAUUGUAGAGUCGCAUGAACAAGCAUGGUCAAUAUACGAGACAAAUCGGUUCAGCUUGAGGUAUCCCAAUGGUGACUACAAGCUUGGUAUAUUCCCAAAGUCCGCCCGGCUAAACCACGCAUGUGCACCAAAUGUGUUCCAUCGGUAUAACCCGCGCAUCAACCGUCUCACAAUCCAUGCGCUCAAAGACAUUCAGCCGGGCGAGGAGCUAAAUACGUCGUACAUCGACAUCUGUCACCCUACUGUCGUCCGCCGGCAGAUGCUCAAGGGAUGGGGAUUCAGAUGUCAGUGCGUCGUCUGUGAGAGCCCAGACGAUGAGCAGGAUUAUCGUCGGAAACAGUUGGAGGAUAUAAUGAAGAAGGUCAAAAAGCGCGAGAGCCAGAGACAGCUGAGUGGCAGCAACUGGCCGCAUAAAGAAUAUGAACGAUCUAUGAAGCUCAUUCAGAAAGGUGUCCGGCUGAUGAACAAGGAGCAAAUGGAAGAGUCGGAUACACUGGGCUUCCUUCUCACUUUGGCGACAAGAUACGGUUUGUUGAUGGGACAGGCUGAAGCAGCCGCUCUGUGGGCAGCUUCUGUUGUCGCCAUUGAAGAAAAGUGUCUCGGGGAAGACAGUAACGAGCACCAUGCCGCACUAGUUCUGCGUAAAACUGCGGACGCAGGUGGACUGGCCAGUCGGACGCUGUUAAGCAGCUCCAUCUUGGCCUAA